AUGGACUCGCACUGCGACUGUGCCGAGCCCCCGGCCGCCGAGCAGCCGUCGGGGAGGAUUAACAAAACCGCCUUCAAGCUUUUCAGGAGGAGGAAGGCCGGGGCAACCAUGCCGAGCAUCUUCGGGGUGCGGAGCAGAGGCGGGGAGGGGAAGGGCGCCGGCAAGCCGGGGAUGGUGCGGAGCCGGACGCACGACGGCUUGGCCGACGCCGUGCUGGAGAGCGGCAAGAAGGAGGAACCGGGCGGCGGCGAGCCGCAGAGCCGCGAGGCGCAGGAGCGGCCGGCCGGCAGCCUCGGCGGCCCCGCCGGCAGCGCGGUGGCCAAGUCGCACAGCUUCUUCUCGCUGCUGAGGAAGAACGGCAGGCAGGCGGAGGGCGCGGAGCCGCGGGCCGGCGGCAGACAAAAGAGGGGGCUGAAGGGGAUCUUCAGCAGCAUGCGGUGGCACAAAAAGGACAAAAACGGCAAGGAGGAGAGGGGGGAAACCUCGGACAUCCAGUCCGGCCUUAUUAUGCCGGGAUCCCUGACCGCCAGCCUGGAGUGCAUCAAGGAGGAGACGCCGAAACCUUUGUCUGAGAGCCCGAGCGGCGCGGGAGACGCGGGGCCGGAGCCGCCGCGGGAGAAGCGCAGCGGCGAGGCGCCCUCCGCGGCCGAGGAGCCCGAAGCGGGCGGCGCGGAGCCGCGGGCCAGCAGCCCCCCGGCCCGGGAGGAGCCGCCCGCCGCCGUGCGGCCACCCGAGGAGCUCAGCCGCGAGCGACCGGAGCCGGCCGCCGGAGAGGUUGGGACUGCGAAGGAUGCGGCGAUAACAGGCUGCGGAGAUAUUAUUGCGGACCAUGAGGAGGAUGUGGGCGGCGGGAGUGGCGUCUGCGAGAAGAGCACCCCCGGGCCCAGCAAGCUGGGUGCCACCAAGAAGCACCCCACCAUGGUGGCCUACCAGGGAGGAGGGGAGGAGAUGGCCAGCCCCGACCAGGUGGAUGACACCUGCCUGCAGGAGUUCUGGGAUAUGCUGUCACAGACAGACGAGACUCAGACGCAAGCGGGAGGAAGCGGAGGAGGGACAAAGAAGCCCGAGGGAUUGAAGGAAACCCGAGGUACCGAGGGGGCCCAGAAUAGGGUGGUGGUGAAACGUGGUGGCCUCCACCAGAUUGCCAUUCACCUGAACCACAAAGAGGAGCAGAAGAGCAGGGAAAAGGAGCAGCACGAGGGCGUCCCAAACAGCGAUGAGGGCUACUGGGAUUCCACCACGCCUGGACCCGAGGAAGAUAGUUCCACAAGCAUCCAAAAGGAAACCCUUCCCAGGGAUAGCUACAGUGGGGAUGCUCUCUACGACCUUUAUGCUGAGCCGGAUGAGAACCCACCAGCGGGGCCUACAAAUGAGGAAGUCCCCAGUGUGCCACGCUCCAAGCCCGUGUCUCCAAUAACAACCGUGAGCUCACUGAAAACACCCUCAAGCACAGCGAAGGACUCCAAGAUACCCAUCAGCAUUAAACACCUUUCCUCGCAUCCCACCAGCCAUGGAGCAGAUGCCAGUAACAGCCAUCACAUCACACACCAUCACCUGGCCAAAAGUGAGAUGCACAGAACAAAAAUCCCCGUCUCCAAAGUCCUGGUACGCCGGGUCAGUAACAGGGGCGUAGCAGGGGCAACCGUGAAAACUGUCACGCACCAGGACAGUGCCAAAAAGUAG